AUGCGAACUGAUUUUUUAACAAAAAUCCCUUUAUGUAAUACCUAUAAGAAAAUUAUAGGAUUGAGAUCUAACGUAAAUUGGAUACCAAAGAAACAUUUAUUUGAAAACUCUGAAUUGUCAGAUGAUGAAUUAAAUAAAUCAUUUAGGAUCUCACUAGUUAAUCCAAAUAAACAUAAUAUUGAUCAUCUUAAUAAAAUUUACCGGGUGCCCUGGAGUGAAUAUAAAGCACUAUUUAAUGUUGGCAGAAGCUUUCGAAGAGAAAUUAUAGGCCAAGUUGCAACAUUUCAGGAAUUUGCAUUAAUGAUUAGAAAGCCUUCUCUUGAAAUCAUUCAUUAUCUGCAGAAUACUAAUAUAGACACAUCGUUAAUUAAUCGAUAUAUUAUUUAUGGUCCUAAUGGUUCUGGUAAAUCAAUGAUGCUAUGCCAUUUAUUACAUUAUGUAGUGAAAGUAGAAGAUUGGUUUUUGUUUCAUAUUCCAAAUUGUGCUGCUAUAUCGGCAAAAUAUAAAGAGGUUGUUCCAUCGACAAGUAAUCCCAACAAAUUUGACCUUCCCAAUGAAUCAAAUUUUUUGCUCAAACAUUUUUACAAUCAAAAUGAGGAAAAAUUGAAAAAAUUUGACAUUAAAACAUCCCAGGAUUAUGUAUGGAACAAACGUGAGACAACGGUCAUGAAUUCUCCGCUCCUAGAUUUAAUCAAACUGGGCAUAGAAAGGCCUCUGUACGCCACUGAUAUUGUAGGUAUAUUGUUCAAAGAGCUCAAACUUCAAGCGUGCACACUAAAAUUCAAGAUAAUUCUAAUAGCCGAUGUGGUCAAUGCCUUUUUCGGUUCAUCUCGGAUACCAGAUCAAAACAAGCGAUAUAUCGAUUGUAACGAUGUCGCUUUAAUAUAUCACAUAAAGAAGAUGCUGAAAAAUGAUUGGGUCGGUGGAGCCGCGAUUUGCACUAUAGACGAUCAAUAUCUAAAUGAAAAACGCGAAAAAAAUCAUUCUUUUAUGCCUAAAUAUUUAUUAAAAUCCGAAGGAUUCGAAUUCUUUGAUCCUUUUAUGCCCGUAAGCCUCAAAAAUUUUAACCAAUCAGAAAUGUUUAAUAUGAUAGACUAUUACAUCGAAAGAAAAUGGUUACAACAUCCUUCAGCUGAAACCUAUGAUUGCAAGAAAGAGAUAUUUUAUUUGACCGGAGGCAAUGGAUUAGAUUUUUAUAAUUUCUCUAGAACCUGGUGAUUCCUGCAAUAUGCUAAUAAUACUAAGCUAUUUAUAUUAUAAAUUUUAAU